AUGGCCCAGAAACACGACGAGUCCGAACGUUUCCUUACCGUUGAGCCCCCAGAGGCGUCCCAAGAUGACGGAGAGAUUGUCGCACCUGUUUCAACCCACAUUACCCUGCUGCCGCCCAGUGAUUCGCGUAAACGCGCCAUUGAGAAAUUUGGCUUCACGAAAGUUUUCGAAGAAAGUGCGUCGCAAUUGGAUAUCUUCCAUGACACAGGAAUGGAAUCCAUUGUGAGAGGAGUUCUGAAGGAAGGCCGGGAUGGAUUGGUCGCAACAUUGGGUGUCACCGGAAGUGGAAAAAGUCACACCAUCCUAGGGUCCAAGUCGCAACGAGGUAUUACCCAGAUGGCCCUGGAUGUAAUCUUCCGAUCACUGGAGCCCACCAUUAAAACCGAGGAUGGCAGCAUCAGUCCCUUGAUGCUUGCAUCAUUGGCCGCAUCGGAUGCUUCGGAAGCACAGCUAUUCUCCGCCCAAACAUUCCUGGAAGCCGUAUACGGCGAGCCCAGCGCCGGCCGCAGCUCAAGAGCCCAGACUCCCAUGAGCCCAUCUCGCGCGCACACCCCACUCACGGUACGGAGCCCUGAAUCCCUGAAUCCCCAUGAAGGAUCGCCGACCAAGCGUCCCCCUAUACUUGGAUCCGGUCUCCCAAGACUAUACCCCAUCCCUGGAAGCCCUCGUGAGGCAGCACCCAUUCCAGUCUACAGUCCCAAUGGCAUGGAUCAGCCCGAAUUUGGCCCACGAUCCACUGCGAGGCCUGGAAGAAUGACCCCACGAUCCCUGACCCCUCUCCCUUUUACCCGUCACAAUACCCACGAGGCCAGUUUAGCUAAAUCACGACUUUAUGUCUUCAAGGAACCGACACCCGCAUUGGUUUUCCCCCGCCGUCAACCCCGCGAACGGCCUAUUGCUACUCCGAGACUGCCCGACGUGAGCCAUCUUACUGUGGAUCUGCACUCAAGCUCCGACUACGUCGUCCUGGUGUCUAUGUACGAGGUUUAUAAUGACCGCAUUUUCGAUCUCUUGUCGCCUUCCAUCGUCCCUGGCCAAGGAAACACCAUGUCCCGUGGACAUAGUCAGAAAGACAGACGUCGUCCUUUGCUGUUCAAGUCUACUGAAGGUUCGCCGGACCGGAAGGUGGUUGCAGGCCUGCGUAAGAUCGCCUGCAGCAGCUACGAGGAAGCUUUGGCUAUUCUCGAUGUUGGUUUGACGGAACGCAAGGUCACAGGUACUGGGGCCAACAGUGUUAGCUCACGAAGCCAUGGCUUCUUCUGUCUUGAGGUCAAGAAGAUGUCGCAUAGCAAGCGAUAUGGUGAGGCAAAUUGGGUGGGAAAUACGCUUACUGUUGUUGACCUGGCCGGCUCUGAACGUGCCAGGACCGCCAAGACGGCUGGAGCAACGCUUGCAGAGGCUGGCAAAAUUAAUGAGAGUCUGAUGUACCUCGGCCAGUGUCUGCAGAUGCAAAGCAACUUCCAAGAUGGAGUUAAGACUGCUCUCGUUCCAUUCCGCCAGUGCAAGCUCACCGAGCUCCUAUUUUCCAAUUCUUUCCCUUCGUCGAACCAAAUGUCUAGGGGUCAAUAUCCUCAGAAAGCCGUAAUGGUUGUGACUGCAGAUCCAUUGGGUGAUUUCAACGCCACUUCGCAAAUUUUACGCUACUCAGCAUUGGCUCGAGAAGUGACUGUGCCGCGUGUUCCAUCUGUGACCGAAUCAAUCAUUUCCACAGGCUCGGGCAGAGAUCGAUCCAUUAGCGGGCGUACUUCACCGAACGAUGCGUCCGUGGAAGAGCUGGACAGGGCUAUGGCUGAAAUCGCCCGGCUGACGAAAGAUUGUCAUGGCCUUGCUGUGCGACUUGCUGAAGAAGAGAUCACUCGCUCUGAAAUUGAGCUUAGGCUGCAAGCUGCUGAAGAUCGAUGCGUGAUGAUCGAGCAAGAGGUUCGUGAAGAAUGCUGGGCUGAUAUGGACGAGCAAAUGGAGGAGGAGAGGAGACGGUGGCAGGCGGCAUGGGAUGAACAGACCGGUCGUAAUGAUGACCACAUUGAUAAGAAGAUUGAGCUGGUCUCUCGCGGUUUCAACAUCUAUGAAGACCCUGAACAGUCAACUAAUGACAGGGUGGAGGAGUUGGAGAGUGAGAAUGAGCAGCUUCGGCGCCGUUUGGCCACCCUUGAACGCGAAAUGUCGUCUCAGUCUCCAACGCGGAAGCCCAGGGCAAAGCAGGCCCCGGCGUCUCCCAGCCGAAACUCAAAUCUGCUCGGCCGGGAGAGUGACAUUGAAAAUGCGCUCCAGCGCAUGAACCAGCUGAGCCUCACCGACAGCAUGUUCUCACCGCCACCUCCGACGCCAAAAUCUUCCACGACUGGCAAGAAACAGAGCAAAAUCUCGACCAGGAAGUGGGAUUUGGCACCGGAAAGCGAGAUCUAA